CUUAAACAGACAACAACACUAAACGAUAACGCUUGAACUCAGAGGUUUAUCAGUUACUUGGGAUACGAAAAUAAAUAAAAAAAUCUUUUUUUCAAAAGAUUUUAUGGAUUUUUAAUAAAAUCUUAAUAAGAAUUUUAACAAAAAAAAAACAAACAAACUAUAAUUUUAGAAAAAAAAAGUUACAAAAAUGAAAUUAUUUGUCACGCUGCUAGCGCUUUUGGCAGCUGUGAGUGUCCAUGCUGAUGUCUCACAUUUGGAUACUGACUUGCAAGAAGAUGGUUAUCAUUAUAAGCUGCCCACGGUGCCAUUUCCCCAACCUCCCUCAGGUAAUGGUAUAGACGAUGACUACCAGCCAUCAGGACCAGGACAACCAUCGGGCCCAGCACCUGGCUUCGGACCAUCUGGUCAACAACCCUCGUCACGUGGACCUCAACAACAGCCUGGUAGACCCAGCGGACCUACUGGACCACAACCUUCAGGACCUGGUUCAAGUUAUAUACCGCCAGAACAACAGCCAGCCGGACCUUCACCCAGUUAUGGACCACCACAAGGAGGACAAGGGCCAGCACCAGGACGUCCCGGCCAAGGACCUUCAUAUCAACCAUCAGGACCUGCACCAGGACCAGCUCCAGGACCUUCGUAUCAACCUUCAGGACCUGCUCCUGGACCUUCAUAUCAACCAUCAGCACCAGCUCCUGGGCCAUCUUAUCAGCCUUCAGGACCCGCACCAGGACCAGCUCCAGGUCGUCCAGCCCCCGGACCAUCUUAUCAACCUUCAGGACCCGCACCAGGACCAGCUCCUGGUCGUCCUGCUCCCGGACCUUCCUACCAACCUUCUGGUCCAGCCCCAGGACCAGCUCCUGGCCGUCCUGCUCCCGGACCUUCCUACCAACCUUCUGGCCCAGCUCCAGGACCAGCUCCUGGCCGUCCUGCUCCCGGACCUUCUUACCAACCUUCGGGACCUAGUCCCGGCCGUCCAGCACCAGGACCUUCUUACCAGCCAUCGGGCCCAGAAGGCGAAGGUCAACCCGAUUGCGCUCCCCAAGGACCUCAAAGACCUGGUAGCCCUGCUCCUCGUCCACAGCCCGGUUGCCCCGCUCCUUCAGAACAACCAGGACGUCCAGGACAAGGACGCCCAGCACCCGGACCAACGCCUGGUUUGGAAUACUUACCUCCUGACCAGAAACCUCAAAGACCAGGAGCCCAGCCAAGACCCCAAGCACCCCCUACCAGAGGUCCAGCUAAACCACAGCCAAGUGAAUCUUCAAGACCGGGACAAGGACCAGGACCAUCCCCAGGGCGCCCAGCACCCGCACCUACUUAUCAACCUAGACCACAACAACCCGAUUGCUCUCAACCUGGCCAACCCGGUUGUCCUGCCCCAGGACCAGAUUGUACACAACCCGGACAACCUGGAUGUCCUCAACCAGAUUGCUCUCGUCCAGGACCACCACAGCCAGGCUGCCCAGCCCCUGGACCAGGACCAAAGCCACAACAACCUGGUGGCAGACCUCAACAGCCAGGCUCCAGACCUCAACAACCAGCUGGUAGACCACAACAACCUGGACCUAAACCAGGAGCUCCCGGUAAACCUGGUUUGGAAUAUUUGCCACCUCAAGGCAAUCAAGUAGAAUCUACAAAUGGCCAGAGACCACGACCAGGACCUAAACCUCAAGGACCUGCCCCAGGACCUAAACCAGGACGUCCAGCACCUGGUCCAACAUAUCAACCUAGACCCCAACAACCUGAUUGUUCUAAACCUGGCCAGCCCGGUUGUCCCGCUCCACAACCAGACUGCACUCAACCCGGCCAACCCGGAUGUCCACAACCAGAUUGUUCGCAACCCGGUCAACCAGGCUGUCCUGAACCAGACUGCACACAACCCGGUACUCCCGGUUGUCCAGCACCCGAUUGUUCUCGUCCAGGACCACCACAACCAGGUUGUCCAGCUCCCGGUCCAGGUCCAAGACCUCAGCCUGCUCCCAGACCACCAGCACCUGCACCCAGACCACCAGCACCUAGACCCCAGCAGCCUGCUUCCAGACCUGGAAAACCUGAUGGUGAAUAUUUACCACCCCAAGACAAUGAAGUUGGUGCUCCAAGUGGUCCAGCACCACGACCUGGUCCCGGUCCCAGACCACAACCACAGCCCCAACCUCAACAGCCUUCAUAUCCCGCACCUCAAGGUCCCUCACCAGGCGCACAGCCAUCUGGUCCAGGACAACGUCCCGGUUCCAGACCUCAACAGCCUUCAUAUCCCGGUUCACAAGGUCCAGCGCCAGGCCAACAGCCAUCAUAUCCUGCACCACAACAACCUCAACCUUCAUACCCUGGAGAAGCGCCCGGUGCUGGUGAAGACUCUGGUUCCUUGGGUCCCGACGGCUACAACUACAACAAACCCAGCAAUCCCUUUAAAUAUUAGAAAUGUUUAAUACUCAUAAUCUUAAUAAUUAAAUAAUGAUAGACAUAAAAAAUAAAGUAUUACCACAAGAACAAAAUUAUUUAAAAAAAAAAUUAUCCAAAAAAUUUAUUUUAACUCAAGUACCUUGACCCCAACAUGAUAAAAAAAUAUGAAAAAUCCUAAAAACCCCAACAAAAAAAUUAAGCAAACAAAUGUUAUUUAAGCAAUUUUAUUAAUAAAUUUUUGAUAAUAAAACAUAAUGUUAAAAACAAAAAUGUUAACAAGCAAAA